UUGAAAACCCCCGCCACUCCCACCAUCCCAUCCUCAUCUCUCUCUCUCUCUCUCUCUCUCUCUCUCUCUCUCCACACAUACAAGGUAGAAUGGCUGUCUCUGGUUUUUUCACACAGAGUGGUGUUCCUAUGCUAUCGGAUUUUGCACCAGACUCUUCAUUGCGGAAGCUCAGCUCAACCCGCAAAUUACUUCACAAGAACAAGUGCAAGUACUACACCAUUGCAUCUGCCAAGGACAGCAAUUCGGGCAGCGACAGAGCGAUCUCUUUCACGAAAGAUGGCCCCCAACAUCAUCAGAACUGUCCAUCGCUUGAUUUCUCAGGAGAAAAGCCUCCAACUCCAACUCUAAACACCAUCAACUACCCAAUUCACAUGAAGAAUAUCUCUACUAAAGACCUCAAGACAUUGGCCAAAGAGCUCCGGUCAGAGAUUGUGUACACGGUGUCGAAGACGGGUGGUCACCUGAGCUCGAGCCUCGGCGUGGUGGAGCUGACGGUGGCAUUGCACCAUGUAUUUGAGACGCCAGAUGAUAAGAUCAUAUGGGAUGUGGGGCACCAGGCUUACGCGCAUAAGAUAUUGACGGGAAGGAGGUCGAGAAUGCAUACGAUCCGACAGACAUCAGGCCUAGCAGGCUUCCCUAAGAGGGAUGAGAGCGUGCAUGAUGCAUUUGGAGUUGGACACAGUUCUACAAGCAUCUCAGCUGGGCUAGGAAUGGCAGUCGGCCGGGACUUGUUAGGGAAGGAUAAUCAUGUGAUCGCAGUGAUCGGCGAUGGAGCCAUGACGGCGGGCCAGGCGUACGAGGCCAUGAACAACGCGGGCUAUCUUGAUUCCAAUCUCAUCAUCAUCUUGAAUGACAACAGGCAAGUUUCACUUCCAACCGCUACCAUAGAUGGCCCGGCACCACCUGUUGGGGCCCUCAGUAGGGCCCUCACAAGGCUCCAAUCCAGCAGAAAGCUCAGGCAACUCCGAGAAGUGGCUAAGGGCAUCACAAAGACGAUCGGAGGACAGAUGCAUGAAGUUGCUGCGAAGGUCUUCACACAGGGGACGAUCGGUGCUACUGGGGCAUCCUUGUUUGAAGAGCUGGGACUCUACUACAUAGGGCCUGUUGAUGGGCACAAUGUAGAAGAGCUUGUGGACAUCUUGGACAAGGUGAAGGCUACACCCGCGACGGGCCCAGUUCUCAUACAUGUCAUCACAGAGAAGGGAAAAGGCUACGCUCCAGCUGAAGUGGCCGCUGAUAAAAUGCACGGUGUUGUGAAGUUUGAUCCCAAAACGGGUAAGCAAAUGAAGCCCAAAACUCCAACUCUUACAUACACUGAGUACUUUGCCCAGUCGUUGAUCGCCGAAGCGGAGAGAGAUGAUAGCAUCGUAGCCAUCCAUGCUGCGAUGGGAGGUGGGACAGGUCUUAAUCUAUUUCAGAAGCAAUUUCCAGAUCGGUGUUUCGACGUUGGGAUCGCUGAGCAACAUGCGGUGACGUUCGCGGCGGGCCUCGCCACAGAGGGCCUCAAGCCUUUCUGUGCAAUCUACUCUUCUUUCCUACAACGAGGCUAUGAUCAGGUGGUCCAUGAUGUAGAUCUCCAGAAGCUACCGGUGCGAUUCGCCAUGGACAGGGCCGGCCUGGUGGGUGCAGAUGGUCCCACCCAUUGCGGUGCAUUCGAUACCACCUUCAUGGCAUGCUUGCCCAACAUGGUGGUGAUGGCCCCUUCUGAUGAGACUGAGCUCAUGCACAUGGUUGCUACAGCUGCAGCUAUCGACGAUCGGCCCAGUUGCUUCCGGUUCCCUCGAGGGAACGGCAUUGGAUCGCUCACCCCACCAAACAACAAGGGAACACCAUUAGAGGUUGGAAAAGGAAGGGUGCUGAUUGAAGGAAGUAGGGUGGCCAUUUUGGGCUUUGGCACUGCAGUGCAGAAUUGCAUACAUGCAGGACAGCUUCUGAAAGAGCUUGGCAUUUCUGCAACCGUUGCUGAUGCCCGUUUCUGCAAACCGUUGGAUACAGAGCUAAUAAGAAGGCUGGCCCACGAGCAUGAGAUCCUGAUCACCGUUGAAGAAGGAUCAAUCGGAGGGUUCGGAUCACAUGUAUCACAUUUCUUGGGCUUGAAUGGACUCUUAGAUGGAAAUCUAAAGUGGAGGGCUAUGAUGCUUCCAGACCGAUACAUCGAUCAUGGAUCGCCGAAGGACCAGAUCCAAGUGGCAGGCCUCACUUCCGAGCACAUAGUCGGCACUGUCUUAUCGCUUGUGGGCCAAAGCAAGGAGGUCCUCAAUCUCUUCCGUUGAAAUUCAAUCAAAAUCUCAAAAAUCAUCAUCUGUAAAUCCCAUCCGUCCGAUUUUUCUGCGAUGUAUAUAUAUUAUGUAAACAAUAAACAAAGAGAUCCUCUAAUGAAGUAGGUUUAUAAAGCUUUCGUGAA